AUGGAUAUCCGAAAUUUAUUAAACGAAUCUGAAAACACUACAAAACCCUUUGCUUGCGCUUGGCAAGACUGCAGGAAAAGGUUCUCACGAAAGUCAGAUCUUUCAAGGCAUAUGAGGAUUCAUACUGGAGAGAGACCUUAUCACUGUGAGUGGCCAUCAUGUGGAAAGCAGUUUAUUCAAAGAUCAGCCCUGACAGUACAUUAUCGAACUCAUACUGGUGAACGGCCUCAUGUCUGUGGAUACGCUCUCUGUGGCAAGGCAUUUAGUGAUUCAUCUUCAUUAGCCAGACACCGACGCACUCACACUGGUAAACGCCCUUAUGCUUGUCUUCAUCCUGGAUGUGGCAAAUCCUUUACUCGUAAAACAACUUUAUCCAGACAUCAACGUUGUCAUGAUCCGAAAUGGAAAUCAUACAAGUAA